AUGGCGUUUGGGAUUUUGCAGCCAAGGUGUUCGACGGAAUGCCUAGUCGAAACUAAUUCUAUCAUUCAAGCAGCCUGGACACGAAGAUCUAGAGGAGAAACUUCAAAAAGACCAAACAGGAAAUCAUGGAAGCAAAGAACAGAUAUGUACAUGAGGCCAUUUGUUUUGGAUGUAUACUUUUCAAGGAGGUUCAUACAUGCCAAAGUGAUGCAUCGAGGAACAAGCAAAGUGGUGUCGGCAGCAAGCACCAAUUGCAAGGAUUUAAGGUAUUCAUUGCCAUCGCCCACUGAUGACAAUGCAUGUCGGAUUAUUGGGAACCUAAUUGCUGAGAGAUGUAAAGAAGCUGAUGUAUUUGUCAUCUCUUACGACCCUCCAAAGAGUGCAAAAAUUGAAGGCAAAAUUGAGAUUGUCAUUGAUGCCAUUAAGGACAAUGGUAUCUUGUUCGUUUAA